AUAUAUGGUUGCGUGCGCCUCCGCCGCAGCCAACGCAGCUCGGUGAGAUCGAUCGCUCGGCGGCGCCCCGCCGCGUGCACGCCGGAACUUGCUGGCUAGCUAGCGAGCGAGGCAGAUAGGCGGAUUAGCUUGUAGCUUGCUAAGCUUGGAGGAUCAGUAGCGAGAGGAGGUAACUAGGUAGCUGUUAGGUUCUCGGAGUCGGAGGUCGGGCGAGAUGGCGGCGGCGGCGGCGCCGUCGUCGUCGUCGACGUCCGGGUCGCCCGGGGAUACGUCGGCGGCGCGGCCGACGGUGCCGUACCGGUCACGGUUCGGCGACACGACGCUGACGAAGGUGUUCGUCGGCGGGCUGGCGUGGGAGACGCCGUCGGAGGGGCUGCGGCGGCACUUCGAGCAGUUCGGCGAGAUCCUGGAGGCCGUCGUCAUCGCCGACCGCGUCACCGGCCGCUCCAAGGGCUACGGAUUUGUGACGUUCCGGGAGCCGGAGGCGGCGCAGCGCGCGGUGCAGGACCCGAACCCGAUGAUCGCCGGCCGGCGCGCCAACUGCAACAUUGCCUCGUUGGGGCCGCCCCGCCCCGCCCAUCAGCCGCCACGAGGCAGGGCCUCCCCCGGGGCCCACUUGCAGGCCCCACCGCCAGCGCUCCAGGGCCCACCUUACAUCGCCAGGGGGACGCUACCGCCGGCCCAGAUGUUGCCCCAGCAUGGUCCUGCUGCGAUCUACCCAUCCCAGCCUUGGUACUGGUACCCACCUGACUAUCAAUACCAACAGGCCCUGAUGAACCCUCAGCUGUUGCAGAACUACUAUGCUGCCCUGCAGGCUCAGCUCUAUGGCCUGGCAUCGCCUACGGCACCAUCGCCCUACCACCAGUACGUAGGCUACAUGCCGGGUCCGGCGCCGGCGCCGGCGCCAACUCCAAAUGCAGUACUCCCACCGGCACAGCAGGUCACCGGGCCGCCGUUCGUCCAGCAGCCGGCACAGCAACUCACAGGGUCGCCGUUCGUCCAGCAUCCGACGGCUGCUGCUCAAAUCCAGGGCUCUUUCGUACCCUUGCCUUCGCUUCCCCAGAACUUCAGGCUCCAGCUUCCCCCUAAUGCAAUGUCAAUACUGCCUUCAACCCCAACCGCCUUGCAACCAGCUGAUCUGCAGGCUGCCGCCUCUGCAGCAACUGGAGCAGCAACAAACCCAAACAAUACUCCAACAGGUGUCUGAAAGCCGGCCAUCUGAAGAUAAAAGAUUUAUUCAGGUUCAAAAGAAUCAAAAACAACACCAAGUUCAAGCUGACUGCUUUUUCUGGGGCAGAAAGUAUGAAAAGACAUGCGCAAGCGCGAAAGCGAAUCCCAGUUCCCCAUCUCGAUCGAUCUGGUGCGGACAAUGUUAUUGGCCGUCUGUAACAGUCUCUCUGGAUGUUGACCAACAAACUCAAAAAUAACUUUAAACCCAUAUUUAUUCUUUCAUUUUUUUUUACUUCUUUACCGAUUCAAUAGUUUUUGUUUGGCCUUUAAGACGUGGCUGUCGAAUGUAAAGCCAAUCUGGAUUUCAUAGCAGCAGCUCAGAGAUGCAACUCCUGUGUGCAUUCCAUGUAGCAGCAUCUGAAACCAGUUCCAUGG